UUGUUCACUAAUUAUGUCUCUAGAGGGAUCUCUACAAUAUUCUGAAUUGAUUCAGCACUGCCAUGUCCAAGUUUACUCUCAUAGCAGGACUGGGACUCCUGCUGUCCCUUCAGCUAGCCUAUUCUACAAAGCUGGUGUGUUACUUCAGUAACUGGUCCCAGUACAGGCCUAGCAAUGGCCGUUUCACCCCAGAGAACGUUGAUCCCUUCCUCUGCACACAUGUCAUUUACGCACUGGCAACCAUCAGCCCAAGCAAUCAGGUUAUUACUAUUGAAUGGAAUGAUGAAGAUAUGUACAAGAAACUAAAUAACCUAAAAAAUGUGAACCCCAGUUUGAAGACACUGCUGUCAAUUGGAGGCACGUACAAUGGGAUCAGCCCGUUUAUUAAUAUGGUGGCCACUCCAGAAAAUCGUAAGGCCUUCAUCGGUUCUGCUCUGCUUUUUCUCCGAGCUCAUGAUUUUGAUGGCCUAGAUCUGGCCUGGGAGUUUCCUGGACAGAAUGGUAGUCCUGCUGAGGACAAGCAAAGGUUUUCUGCACUGGUGCAGGAGUUGAGGCAAGCCAUUAAACAGGAAGCCAUAGACACCAGAAAGACUCAGCUGCUGUUUUCAAUCAAAGCAGGAGCACUUGGGUCCACCAUCAAUGCAGCCUAUGAGGUCCCAGAAAUAACACGUGAAGUAGACUUUAUCAGCAUUAUGACGUAUGACUACCAUGGUUCAUGGGAGAAGGUUACAGGUCACAACAGCCCUCUUUUCAAAAGUUCUCUAGAUCUCGGAACCCACGCCCAACAUAACAUUGAUUCUACUGUGUCUUAUUGGUUGAGCAAAGGAGCUUCACCUGAAAAGCUGCUCAUGGGUUUUCCCACAUAUGGACGCACUUUCCGCCUUACCUCUUCCAUGACAGGCCCUGGCGCACCAACCAAUGGCCCGGCUGAUGCUGGCCCCUACACCCGCGAUGCUGGCUACUGGUCCUAUUAUGAGAUCUGCACUUUUACACCAGCGGCCAAGGUAGAAUGGAUCACUGAGCAAAUCGUUCCAUAUGCCACUCAUGGAACAGCUUGGGUGGGCUAUGACAACCAAGAAAGCUUUGCUGCCAAGGUUCAGUGGCUUACAUCCAUGAAUCUAGGUGGGGCAUCAGUAUGGGCCCUUGACCUUGAUGACUUUGGAGGACAUUUUUGCUCAGAGGGAGACUACCCUCUUGUUAAUCAGCUACGCAAUUCCCUUGGUUUUCCUCCCAAGCCAACCACUACUCGUCCCCCAACAACUACCCCAGACCCUAUUGCCACCUUUUGCUCUGGAAAACCUGAUGGUUUAUACCCAAACCCUGCUGAUACCAACACCUAUUUUCAGUGCUUCCGUGGAAACACCUACUUGCACCGGUGCCAACCAGGUCUGGUCUAUGUUGAUUCCUGCAAAUGUUGCAACUAUCCAUAAGUAGCCAGAAGACCUGAAAUGUCAAAAUAUUCAAUAAAAUCAAAGUAAUUUUUCUCCAAACAA